GGGAGCGCGGCGGGGCCGGGAUGUGGCGGCGGCUGCGGGCGCUGAGGGGCUGCGGGCGGCGAUGGCAGCACGGCCCGGCCAUCCAGGUGACCAACGAGCCCAUCCUGGAGUUCAAGCCGGGGAGCCCCGAGCGAGAGGCGCUCCAGAAGGCCCUGGCUGACCUGAAGGACAAGACCGAGGACAUCCCGUGUGUGAUUGGGGGGGAGGAGGUGUGGACCCCCACAGUGAGGUACCAGGUCUCGCCCUUCAACCAUGCACACAAGGUGGCCAAGUACUGCUAUGCCAACAAGGAGCUCAUUAACAAGGCCAUUAACGCUGCCCUGGCAGCCAGGAAGGAGUGGGACCUGAAGCCUGUGCAGGAUCGAGCCCAGAUCUUCCUGAAGGCAGCUGACAUGCUGAGUGGCCCGAGGAGAGCAGAAGUGCUGGCCAAGACCAUGGUGGGACAGGCCAAGACCGUGAUCCAGGCCGAGAUCGACGCCGCGGGCGAGCUCAUCGACUUCUUCCGCUUCAACGCCAAGUACGCGCUGGAGCUGGAGCAGAGCCAGCCCCUGAGCGUGGACAUCAGCACCAACUCCAUGGUCUACCGGGGGCUGGAGGGCUUCGUGGCUGCCGUGUCCCCCUUCAACUUCACGGCCAUCGGUGGCAACCUGGCAGGGGCUCCGGCGCUGAUGGGUAACGUGGUGCUCUGGAAGCCCAGUGACACGGCCAUGCUCUCCAGCUACGCCGUGUACAAGAUCCUGCUGGAGGCGGGGCUGCCGCCCAACGUGGUGCAGUUCGUGCCCUCGGACGGGCCCGAGUUUGGGGACACCGUCACCAGCUCCGAGCACUUCUGCGGCCUCAACUUCACCGGCAGCGUGCCAACAUUCCGGCGGCUCUGGAAGCAGGUGUCAGAGAACCUGGAGCGCUACCGCAACUUCCCGCGCCUGGCUGGAGGUACCAGCCCCCCUGCCCCAUUUUUUAUUUUUGUGUUUCUUUGCUUCAUAGAAUCACAGAAUAUUUUGGAAGGGACCCACAAGGAUCAGCAAAGUCCUGUCUCUGUCCAGGCCAGUGCCAAGAACCCACCCUGUGCCUGGGAGCAGCUCCAAACCCUUCCUGAGCUCUGCCAGGCUCCGCGCUGUGCCCAUCCCCUGGGAGCCCCCAGCCAUCCUCUGGGUGAAAAACCUUUAAAAUCCAACCCAAACCUCCCCUGGUACAGCUCCAGGCCAUUCCCUUGGGUCACCAGAGAGGGGAUCAAUGUCAGUGCCUGGCCCUCCCCUUGUCCUCAUGGGGAAGCUGCAGUGAGGUCUCCUUCAGUCUCCUCCUUUGCAGCCCCCCAGCCCCGUUGCGGGCUGUGCCCCGCCCCGGCAGCUCCUCCCGUUUCCGUCUCCGUCCCUCAGGAGUGCGGCGGGAAGAACUUCCACGUGCUGCACCGCUCGGCCGACGUGGGCAGCGCCGUGAACGGCACGCUGCGCUCGGCCUUCGAGUACGGCGGGCAGAAGUGCUCCGCCUGCUCGCGGCUCUACGCGCCCGCCUCGCUGUGGCCCCACAUCAAAGAGAAGCUGCUGGAGGAGCACGGCAAGAUCAAAGUGGGAGAUCCCACCCAGGACUUUGGCACUUUCUCUCGUCCCUUUGCCAGGAUCAAGAGCUGGCUCCAGCACGCCCACAGCUCCCACCUGACGGUGCUGGCGGGCGGCGGCUGCGACGACAGCGUGGGCUUCUACGUGGAGCCCUGCAUCGUGGAGAGCAGGGACCCCCGGGACCCCAUCAUGAGAGAGGAGAUCUUCGGGCCCAUCCUGACGGUGUUCGUGUACCCCGAGUAUCAGUACCGGGAGGUGCUGGAGCUCAUCGACAGCUCCACCCCCUACGGCCUCACGGGGGCGAUCUUUGCUCAGGAUAAGGCUGCCAUCGAGGAGUCCCUGAGGCUGCUGCGCCACGCCGCCGGCAACGUCUACAUCAACGACAAAUCCACGGGGGCCGUGGUGGCCCAGCAGCCCUUUGGGGGUGCCCGCAUCUCAGGCACCAAUGACAAGCCCGGGGGUCCCCAUUACCUGCUGCGCUGGACGUCCCCCCAGGCCAUCAAGGAGACGCACGUGCCGCUGGGGGACUGGCGCUACGCCUACAUGCAGUGACCUGGGGACAGCCUGGGGACAGCCUGGGGACACUGCCACCCUCCACAGCACUCACACUACUGACCCCGACCCCCCCUCCCCUCCUGAGAGGUCUUUAAAAAAGGAAAAAAAGAAAAAAAAAAAAAAACAAAGCGUUGUUCAAUGGUGAAGCUCCGAGCUCCUGUGUGUCCUGGGUCGGGUGGCACUUGGGGACAUGAGGGUGAGUGUGGCACUGGUUGGGUUUGGGGGCUUUAAAGGUCUUGUCCAACCUCA